AUGACCACCGGAGACGUUGGAAUCCUAAAAUCGACUCUUCUCCCCUCAUUCGGGCUCUACUCCGGUUUAUCGAUUACAGCCUAUGCUGCUGCGCAAGCGACCGACCGUCUCGAAAUCAAAGAUUGGCUCUGGCCAUCAGCGCAAGUCCUCAAUGCCUGGUUGACUGCUAUAGGACGGCCAAUGUACGAAACCGGAAUUACAUUCCCCGAUGCUUGGAGGGGUCUUACUUGGUCUGAAAAGCUGCUUCUAAGUGGCGUUACUAUCUGGGGGACCCGGUUGUUUGCUCGCAUCGUGAGUCGGUCUUUGGCUCGUGGGAAGGACGAUCCGCGAUAUGAGGCGCAGAAGAAAGAACCCGGGUUCUGGAAAACAGCUCUGUUCAAGAUCUUCCUCCCUGAGGCUGCGUUCUUGAGUUUUAUCUCCUUGCCUAUCACUGUGCCGUACUCCAUGGGUGAUACUACCCUCUCGGUGAGCACGAACACACUUAGCACUGUCCGCGCGUUGGCUGUGGGACUAUUCAGCUCUGGCUUUGCGCUCGAGGUGAUGGCAGAUACUCAGCUCGAACUCCAUCGCAAGGAGCGAGAAGACCUGUGCCGACAUGGUGUCUGGAGCCUUGUCCGACACCCUAACUACUUGGGAGAUACGCUCGUCCAUUUAUCUUUCCUCUUCAUGAACAUCACAGAUUCUUUCAAUCCGAUUGUUCUACUUGGUCCGCUUGCCAACUACGUAUUCCUUCGCUUGGUCGGCGGUGACAAGGUGACCGAGGAGAGCCAGGAGAAGCGCUACCGAGAACAGAAUCCCCACAAGUACGAGCAGCUGCGUAGCUGGCGAGGAGAGAAGAAUAGUUUCUGGCCUUCAUUGAGAGACUUAACCAACCCUUGGGCUUUGGCAGUUGUGGGAUGUGGUUUGAUUGGUGUUGUAGCCGAAGAAGUUGUGCGGAGCAGUCUCACCAUGCGGUAA